AUGGUGUUGGUGAUGGGGAGGAAAGGGGGUGUACCUACAAGGCACUCUGACGAGCAAAUUUCUGCCCGUAGCUUACUGACGCGAUCUCCGUCGUAUACCACCUGUGAGAAUUUCGACCACCACCAGUUUCCUUCCGACCACAAGAUGGCUGGAAGAAUUAAUGUUGCUAUUGUUACUCCCUUGGAAGUGAUGGCUCAUGCUAUGCAGAAUCAGCAUAAUGCUGGUGCAAUCGACGAUUUACGCAGCUUAACAACUUUCCAAAGGGAGAAACCACCUACUUUCAAAGCGCAGAAGGUGCGGUAUGGUACACAUGUGCUGGCUAGUGAGGCUGAUGACUUGUGGCUUGAGACUCAUUAUAGAUUGGAAGCUACAACGUAUGCUGCUAGAUUUGUGGAGUUGGCGAAGUUCUAUCCUCAUUACAAUGAGGCAACAGCUGCAUUUUCCAAAUGUAUCAAGUUUGAGAACGGGCUGCGUCCCGAAAUCAAGCGAGCGAUUGGAUAUCAUAAGAUCUAUAAGUUUCUGAAAUUGGUGGAUUGCUGCAGGAUAUAUGAGGAGGAUAGUAGGGCUCGCUACAAGAUCAUGAAUGAGAGAAGAGACAAGCAACAUCAUAACCAUGGUAAACCUUACAGUGCUCCAACUGACAAAGGUAAACAGACAGCUGCUGAGGGUAAGAGAACCAGUGGGGGAGAUAUUCCUAAUGGCGUGGUAUGUUUCAAAUGUGGAAGACAUGGUCAAAAAGGUAAUGUUUGCACUAGAGAGGUGAAGAGAUGUUUUCGUUAUGGAAAAUCUGGUCACUUGAUAGCUGAUUCUAAUUAUGUGAAAAGUUUGGGUCUUGUUUUAUCCUCUAUGAAUAGAGAAAUGGUUAUCGAUACUUCAACUAAUGGAAUGGUGACAAAUUCUCUUGCAGUUAAUGAGCUGAUGAAAGAUGAAGUUCAGGUGUUUGCUUUGAUGGCCUCUUUAUCCAUUGAGAAUCAGACUACUACUGAUGAAUUACCAAUAGUGCGAGAAUUUGCCGAAGUUUUUCCAGAUGAUAUUCCAGAUGUACUUUCAGAAAGAGAAGUAGAAUUUACUAUUGAUCUUGUCCCUGGUACUAGACAUGUUUCUAUGGAACCAUACAGGAUGUCGGCAUCUGAAUUUGCAAAGUUUAAGAAGCAACUAGAAAACUACUUGAAAAGAAAUUUGUGA